UGUACUGUAAUUCACAAAUUUCCCCCAAUUUCUCCGCUCCAAACCCUCUUUAGCUCAACAAUGGCGAUCUCCACUCUCCAGAAACUCGCCUCCCAAAUUUCCAAAUCACCCUCUCUCUCCCUCUCCUCCCGCGCCGUAAUUGCGCGCACCUCCGCCACCGCCGCCGCGCGCACCACCUCCGCGAAAGUAUCCGAUCGUAUCAUCAAUCUCAGCGCCAUCGACCCCGACGGCAACAAGCAAGACGUGAUUGGGCUCACCGGCCAGACUCUGCUCAAGGCACUGGCCAACAAGGGGUUAAUCGAUCCCGCGUCGCACCGUCUGGAGGAGAUCGACGCCUGCUCCGCCGAGUGCGAGGUGCACAUCGCGCAGGAGUGGCUCGACAAGCUGCCGCCGCAGUCCGACGAUGAGCAGUACGUGUUGAGGAAAUACUCGAAUCGCAAUUCGAGGAAUCGCGUUGUGAACAAGCACGCGAGGCUUGGAUGCCAGGUGGUUUUGACUCCGGAAUUGCAGGGUAUGGUGGUCGCCGUCCCUGAGGCGAAGCCCUGGGACACUCCGUAAGGUUUUCAGCUCGCUGCUGAGGCCGGAUGUAAGGUGUUUCUUCUGUAUUUCAAAUAAUUUCCAUGAAUUAAAUGGAUAUUUGAUCGGAUCAAUUGAGGACAAUGUUGUGUUGAAGUAUGUUUCAGGUUUUGGAUUUUUCAUACCUUCAUUAUCAUUUGCAGUGAAUAUUUCGAUUUGAGCUGAGCA